UUUUUUUUUAAAAAAAAUAAUACUUGGAUAUAAAAGAUGGGCUGCAAUGAAGCUGAUAUGAACAUGACAAGAUCAAAAUGGGAGCCUUCUCAGCACCUGUUUAACAUAGUAGAACAGAACACCCCGUUUUGUGUUUCCAUGUGAUAAAUGAAUAUAGAGCUGCACAUUUUAGAAGAGAAAAUCACCCAAAGAUGUUGAAAAUGGCUGAGAAAUGGUAACAAAAGGAAUCAUCUACAUAUGUUAAAUAUGAAACUGUCAUUUUGAUAAUUUUAUCCAUGACUCAUAUGGACAAUGCAGGGGAAUAAGAAGCCCACAGAUGGACAAAGUGACUCUUCCAGCAUUGGGAGCCUCCUGGAUGACACUGACAGAGAAGUCUGCAGUCUCACUGAUCGAGCCUUCAAAAGCCUGUGUGUAGCUGAGCUUGAAACAUCUUACACAGAAUCUGAUCCAAUUGUUUCAUCCAAUAACCCCCAUCAGUUCUCUAGUAAAUUCUUUCAAGGCCCAUGGAUUCACACCAUAAAAAAAAACACUGACAAGCAACUGUCAAAAACAUUCCAGCAGUUUCCAAAUGAUGCUCCAGAAGAUCUGAAGGCUUCUGCAAACAACAGCCCAAACAUAAGGAGGAACCUUGGGAUGCCAGUGUCUGGUCUCCAUGAUUGUAAACAUACCUCAAAAGUGUCCUCUUUGAUAAAGACUUUUGAUAAGGCUGAGAAUCAGAAGUCACUAGCAAUGGCCAAACAGCCUGUUAAAAAUAGUUUGACAGAAUACCCAUUAAUUUAUGGAGGCAAUAUUACAUUUUGGGAUGGCAAAACAAUAUUAAGCAUCCAAAAAGAACUCUCUGCAUUUUCUGACCCAUGCCAAGAUGUGACAAAUACAAAUGAUUGGCAAAAAAUACACAAAAGGCAUAACAAAAUGGAUCUGGACUGUCAAGGUUCACAUUAUUUUUGCCUUGCUCAGGUAGAGGCUUCAAAUAUACCAAAGUCCAAAAUCUCCACUGUCUCUAAAAAGACAGUGAAAAAUAGAACUGGAAAAGCAAAAGAACCAACCAGAAAAGCCGAUUUUCUCCACAGUGAGAACAGUGCUUUUGAAUCAUGGAAUGCACAUUAUAAAAAACUGAUUGAAAUGGAUGGAUCUACUGAAAUUAUAACCAAAGACAAAAACCUUACAUACUUUGAAGAUAUACCUUUUUUUAAAGAGUCCUGUAUUCCUGAACAUAUAACAUUUCCCCACAAAGUCACAGUUCCUAUAGUUCUGGAACAAGGUUUCUCAGAUGCCUUUUCACAAAAGCCUCUAUCCAAAGCCAUCCUCUCUCCAGUAUCUCUAGCCCAGAUACAUUUUCCUGUACUAUCUAAAGCCAAAAAUACUGCUGUACAGAUGUUGUUACCCCAAGUAUCUGAUCUGGCAACAUCUGAACACAGAAUUCCCACACCACCCUCCCUCCCAUCAACAGCCCCUUUUCCACCAACACGGAUCUCCCAGGUUGUUUCACCCAUCCCAAUCCCCAAGGCUCCCAUUCCACAAACAUCUGUGCCUCAGGUCCCUGUUCCACCAGAAGCAGCAUCCCACAGCCCUGAUACACAAGCACUAGUGCCACAAGUUAUUUUGUGCCCAAAGAAAACUAGCCAAUCAGAAUUUAAGCCUGAGCUGGAAAAUGUUUGCCCACCAUGGAGGAAACAAAAGACUGCCCUUGGGGUAAUUGAAUUGGCACAGGAUACUGAAACUGAGGAACCAAAACUAAAGGAUUCCUCAGGUAGAAAGCCAUCUGAUGUCACUCCUUUGGCUGAAACAGCUACAGUUUAUUCAAACAGAGCCUCAUCUGAUCCCUCUAGUCCUUUUUUCAAUAUCUCAAAACUUUUAACUCCAUUCAUACCACCCAAGCAAGACAAACAGCCAUCAGAAAAUCAGUUAUUACUGGUAACUCCUCCCUUAUCUGAAGUUGGAGUAACCAAAGAAUCUGAUGAAAUAAAACUUUAUUGUUCUCAGAACAAUUAUAAGUCUAAAGCACCAAGUUUAUUAUUCAAUCUGAAGGAUAUCCGAAAACGUGUGAAAAGCACUUACAGUCCCUCUCCUCUUCUAAGAGCCAUUGAAGACAAAAAGAAGAUUAAAGAACAAGAUAACAUAAAAGCAAGUGUUACCGCAUCCGAUAUGCUAGGAGAAGGCAGUAUGAAAUUGGUAGAGGAUGAUGUAAGAGGCCAUAAGCCUUCUGAACAAGUGGACAAUACCCAGGAGAAGGACAGUGCCAUCCACUUAAAUGGCCAUCUUACAGACAAUUAUCUGACUUUGAGUUCACCCAAGUCAAAGACAGAUACUUUGAAUUACCAAAACAAGAAUGGUUUAUGGCAAAGUGAUUUAGUGGAUGUAGAGGACUGUGAGGUGGUUUCUGUGACUGAACUUCACCAAAAUGAGCACAGUGUAAGUCAACUUUUGCCUUCAUCCAACUCCUACUUUGCAGAUGUGACAACUGAGCAGGAAGUGUGCAUAGAAAGAUUCCAUUUACGGGAUCCUCAAAAUAAAACAGUUGCUCUGAGACAGACUGUUGGUGCUGGACCUCAAGUAUCCCCAAAUCUAUUUUUCACAGCUGAAGAAAAUAUGAAGAAGAAUAAUGAAAAUCAAGCUUGCCCACUAAUUGGACAUGAACAAAAAGGCAAAAGAAGCACCAGCUCUUCUGAGCAGUCUUUUCUUUCUAUAACAGAUCAGCCAUUUAAUGAGGCACCUUUUUCUCUAAUGCAGCUCUUUCAGAAAGCAUGCCUUCAAGAAAGCCAGAAGAGGAAGAAUGGCAUUAGUGGAGAGGAAAAGCUAAAGUGCAAAGAAAAAGAGAAGGCAGAAAGGAAGAAUGAAUUGCAUGACUACCUUCUUAACAACUGUGACUUUAACACAGAUUGGAAGUGUGAAAGGAAAAAAGAGCAGAGUGAAAAUAAGAAUGCAGUACAAGAAAUAAUGGCGAAGGAGAAGAAAGGAGACAGAUGGAAAAAUAUGGAUUCUGCAUCAGAAGCCAAGUCAGAAGAGCUACUGAUACCAACUUCAUCAAUUUUAUUUAAGCCCAAUUUGUUUAUGAUUAAAGACAACACAUUUAAAUCAUCACCUGUGAUAAAGGCAGUGAAGUUACCUCUGCUCAGGUCUUUGUCCUGUGAAGAUGCUAUUUCUGGCAGUCAUGUGGAGACUGAAAAACUGGCUUAUGGGCCAAUACAAGCCACUCCAAAUACUCAAGAGAUGGACUUGUCUUUAUCAAAAAUCAGAAGGCCGCACAGUGCAAAGGAUGCUGCAAUAGACAGAGGUGCUGAAGAGUCAGGAUCCAUCCCAGUGAAUGUGGGCUGUCAAGUGGCAAAUAAAAGCAACUCAAUAGCAGGAUAUACCCUUGGGGAAGGAAUAGAGGGCGUUUAUAUGCAGGAACUAGUGGGAAAUUAUGAAGGAACUAAUGUUACAUCAGUGUUAUCAAAGACAGUUUUGAAAGGCAAUGGGAAAUUGGCCAAACCCAAAGAAAAGGCUAGAGCUGGGAAACUGAGGUCUAGUUCUGCCAGUCAGCCAAAUCUUCGUUUUGAAGGUGACCUAAUAGAAAACAAGCAACAGUCUCCUACAAGAGAAAAGUCAACUCAUUUUAAGAGUAAUCUCUUCUCUAAAUGCAAAGGUGGUUCUAGCGUGAAAAAACUAAUAAGUCUAGAGACAAGCUCUCCCAUGGUAUUAGAGAACCAGACAUGUUCUCCUGCUUCCAGUGAUGCUUUUGUAGACACAUCAGCUGCAUCAGGCAACCUAACAAGUCCAAGGUCAGACAACAUGGUGCAAUCUGCCUUUACAACCUCAUUGUCAGAUACAAGUGCAAAGUUCAACAUAUCACAGGCUGAAAAAAUAGCACCUUUUCCUUUGCUACACAAAACAGAAAGCAGAGAUAAACCUUCUGCCAUGGAAACAUUUGAUCCAAUAAAGACCAGUGAACUUCCAGGAGACACUGGCAGUUCUCCCAUGAUGAAUGAAAGACUUCAGCUGAUGGGUCGAAUGGCAAAGACAGCAUCUAAACCCCCUGCUGUACCACCAAAAACAGAAAAGACAUUACGGAGGGCAAAGAAACUGGCGAAUAGGAGGAAAAAAAUAGAGGCACAACAGAAAAGGCUUCAGGAUGAACCUACAUCACCCUGUGGAGACAUUGUACCCUUGCCACCUGUCCAAUCUUCACUCUCUCCAAUAGGCACUAAUUCUCUUUUGACACCUUCAGAAUCUAACCUGGUGAGGUUACAACUCACUCCAUCAUUAAGUCCCACACCCUCUAUACCUGCAACCCAGCGUAAACUCCUUCAGGAUCCAGACUCUGGAGAGUAUUUUAUUGUAGAUUUACCAAUUCAAUUAAAGACCUUCUAUGAUCCAGAAAGCGGCAGAUAUGUCCAAGUCUCAAUUCCUUCUUCAAAAAGGAACUUAUCCCAAACACCCUCUUCAGAAAUUCCCCCUCCUCAUUAUGUCUUGUACCCCAGUGCUCUUCCUCUCAGAGUUUCAUCUGCUCCAGUCAUGGCAUCACCUUUUCAGCUUUCUGAACCUGCUUCAUUUAUGCAAGGAGCACCCUCAGAAUCAGCUUCUGACUGGCAACCAAGUGGCCAGUAUCCAGCAUCUCUAGAAGGCCAACACUGCCUUGAGUCUGCUCUGUCUGAUGUUCAUAGUCAAGAAGCUGAAGGGUCACAACAUAACUCUGAAAAGGACAUGGGCCUCUCUGCUAAUGCUGACAUCAUUUCGAUGGGUGCAAUUGAAGAUUUUGCAGUUGAAGGUAUAUUGUGAGAAUAUAAGAUGUUUACCAUUAUUUUAGAAACACAGACAUAUGCACCUGAAAAACAAGCACACCCUCUUCAAUAUUAGUAUAUACAUAAGGGCUGGAUUUAGUGCAGUUAUGUUAGGAAGAUAACUGAGCUGCUGUCUGAUAAAAUGUUCUGAUAGAAUGAAUGCCAAACAUUAAGGAAAAGAAUGGACUAUAUGAAGCCUCUGGUGAACUUCUCUGUCCUACUGCUUGAGUGACUGUGUGAUGUAUGAUGGAGAGUAAUGAGGGACAGAUUCCUGUUUGGAGGGAGGAAAAAACCCCAGGCGUAGAUUUCUGCAUCGCACAGAAUUUACUGACAAACAACAAGUGAUGAUGAGAAUCAAAUAUAGCAAUGAGAAUUCAAUUUUUUGUGUAAUUUGAAAAAACUAAUUCAUUGAUACAGUUCUGUCCAAUGCAGAAAUACUUUUUUGCCUAGAUUCACUGGUGUCCCAGUAUAAUUGCAUGGUGUAGUCCAAAGUGCUGCUGAAGAGUCAGGCUUGGACAAAUCUUCACAUAUAUUAUUCAUACCUCAUGGGAGGCUCACACUCAGAAAUAUCCCUCUGGGCUAAACCUUAAGGUUUGGAAAAUGAGUGAGUGGUUGAAACAUAUCAGGUUACUAUAUUUUCACUUAAGCAUGCAACACUUCUCAUUUUUCUAUUUUUUCAUUGCCAAUUGUGUUGGUACAAGAAUGAUAGCAUUUCCCAUUUUCUUUUGAUCUGGUAUGGUUUUGUGUCUAUAAAUAACAAGGAACAAAGCAGGCGAUUACUGUCUAGAAAGUGGAAAUGGAGAGAAAUUACACUAGAAUUUCUUGAGACCCUGAACCUAC